AAUUAUGGCAUGACUUCCAUUGAUGCUAGUAUGAAAGCAGCCAGUGACAUUUAUGAAAAAGGAGUAUAUAAAUCUAGAGUUAUAAGAAAAUGUUCAUCAUAUUGGUUAAACCAUGGUACACUGCCAAAAUCAUUACAAGGUUGCCAUCAGAAAACAAAGUCUUUCAUUGAUGAUGAAGAUGUGAUUGAACAAUCAUUAAAUUUUGUCAGAACAAAUGGCAAUAAAGUAACACCUUUAUAG